CGAUUCUGUCCGCUUGCUUCCCUCUCUUUACUUUUAAAUACCCCAUAGUUUUGGCCAAACUUCUCAUUCCUCUCCUUCAUUCCCAGCUAAAGCGAAGUAGAGAGAAAAUAAUAAUAAUAAAAAUAUUAAAACACAAAUCAUGUCUACUUCUCAAUCUUUCCACCUCUUCUCCACCGUUCCCGCCACCUCACGAUCUUCUUCCUUUCCCAUCCGCCCCCGUCCCCUGCUUUUCUCAGGUGUUUGGUUGCACGGGGCUAAAGACAAACGAGGUAACGUCGACAUUCGCCCAAGAUGCAGUGCUAUAUCCAAGCCUCGCACUCAAGAAUACCCAGAUGCCUUUCAAAAAAAUGGAGCUCGAGUCAUAAGGUGGCAUGAGAUCGUGGAGGAUGACAUAGAAGAGCAAGUUCCUAAGGUUUCUUUAGCAAAUGAGAUCAUCAAACGUAUUCAAUCCAUUAAAUCCAUGUUGGAUUCCAUGGAGGAUGGAGAGAUAAGCAUUUCAGCUUAUGACACCGCAUGGGUUGCACUUGUUGAAGAUGUUAAUGGAAGUGGUGCUCCUCAAUUCCCAUCUAGCCUUCAAUGGAUAUCCAAUAAUCAGCUCCCAGAUGGAUCAUGGGGCGAUGCUGAUAUUUUUACAGCGCAUGACAGGAUAAUCAAUACACUAGCUUGUGUUAUUGCGUUGAAAUCAUGGAAUAUACAUCCAGACAAGUGUGAGAAAGGAAUGAAAUAUUUGAAAGAGAACUUGUGCAAGCUUGAAGAUGAGAAUAUUGAGCACAUGCCGAUCGGUUUUGAAGUUGCUUUCCCUUCGCUUCUAGAGGUAGCACGGAAAUUAGACAUUGAAGUUCCCGAGGAUUCUCCCGUCCUGCAAGAGAUCUAUGCCAGCAGAAAUCUGAAGCUCAAAAAGAUACCAAAGGACAUAAUGCACAAAGUGCCCACCACACUACUCCAUAGCUUGGAAGGAAUGCCAGGUCUAGAGUGGGAAAAGCUUCUCAAAUUGCAGUGCGAAGAUGGGUCAUUCUUGUUCUCUCCAUCCUCCACUGCCUUCGCACUCAUGCAAACUAAAGAUGAAAAUUGCUUGAAAUAUCUAAACAAUAUAGUCCAACGAUUUAAAGGGGGAGUACCAAACGUGUACCCGGUUGACCUAUUCGAGCACAUCUGGGCUGUGGAUCGCUUGCAACGCCUUGGAAUUUCAAGAUACUUCGAGGAAGAGCUUAAAGAAUGUGUUAACUACGUUGCCAGAUAUUGGAGAGAAGAUGGCAUCUGCUGGGCAAGAAACUCCGAGGUUCAUGAUAUUGAUGACACAGCUAUGGGAUUCAGAGUGCUUAGAUUAUACGGCCAUGAAGUUUCUGCUGAUGUGUUCAAGCAUUUUAAGAAAGGUGAUACUUUCUUCUGCUUCACCGGGCAGUCAACGCAAGCCGUCACCGGAAUGUUCAACCUGUAUAGAGCUUCUCAGGUGCUGUUUCCAGGGGAGAAAAUCCUUGAGGAAGCCAAGGAAUUUUCGUCUAGUUUCCUAAAAGAAAAGCAAGCUGCUAAUGAAGUCCUCGAUAAAUGGAUUAUAACCAAGGACUUACCAGGAGAGGUUGAGUAUUCAUUGGAUGUUCCGUGGUACGCGAAUUUGCCUCGAGUGGAGGCGAGGUUCUACUUAGAACAGUACGGUGGCGAAGAUGAUGUAUGGAUUGGCAAGACUCUUUACAGGAUGCCAUAUGUGAACAACAAUGAGUACCUCCAGCUCGCAAGGCUUGACUACAACAGUUGCCAAGCCUUUCAUCGUAUAGAAUGGGACAACUUUCAAAAGUGGUAUGAAGAAUGUAAUUUGGGAGACUUUGGUAUAAGCAAAAGAGAGCUUCUGCUCUCCUAUUUCCUGGCAGCAGCCAGCAUAUUUGAGCCAGAAAGGUCGAAAGAAAGGCUUGCAUGGGCUAAGACCACAAUAUUGCUCAAGACCAUCGACUCUUAUUUCGAUGAGAACAACAAUUCCAUUGAGCAGAGGAGAGCUUUUGUGCAAGAAUUUAAGAACGGGGUUGGUGCAGGAGGACCUGUAAAUGGAAGGACAAUGGAAACAAAGACAAGGCAGGAACUUGUCAGGAUAGUGCUUGGAACCCUAAAUGAUGUCUCUUUGGACGCACUGGUGGCUUAUGGAAGAGACAUUAGCCACAGUCUACGUCAUGCUUGGGAAAAAUGGCUCCUGAAGUGGGAAGAGGAAGGAGACAGGCACCAAGGAGAAGCGGAAUUGAUAGUGAAAGCAAUAAAUCUAGCAGCAGGAAGAUGGAUCUCUGAGGAGCUAUUGAGCUAUCAUUCUCAAUAUGAAAAACUCUUUCAACUCACAAAUAGAAUAUGCUACCAACUUGGCAAUUACAAGAAGAACAAGGUACAUGACAACAAGAGAAGCACAACCUUUGAAAUAGAGGCAGAACUCCAAGAGCUGGUGCAGUUAGUGCUCCAAAACUCUUCAGAUGGAAUGGAAUCCAAUAUCAAGGAAACAUUUUUUACAGUGGCCAAGAGUUUUUACUACAUUGCCAUCUGUGAUCCUGGGACUAUCAACUAUCACAUUUCUAAAGUGCUCUUUGAAAGAGUGUACUAAUUUGUUGAUCUCUCUGUGCAAGAUUUGUACUAUCAUUCAUGUUCUUUUAUCAAUUACUGGAAAGUAAUUGCACCAAUAAACUAAUCAAUACAUAACGAAAAUAAAUUCAUUUGUUUAUGGAGUAAA